AAUCCAAUUUAUUUUCCUACCGACAGUCCCCCCCCCCUGUUCCUUCCAGAUCGACCAGUAACGGAAGGGCUUCCAAUCGAGCCGAGACAGCCGACACCGUUUGGUCAAGAGAGUAUCCCCGAGACCGAUGCCAGGGACGAAUCCAGAAAUGACGAUACCGGCCUCAGCACCGGGUGAAACCGCCCCACUAUCAGCGAACACCACCCCGGUCGACCCCCCAAGCACGGUGAAUCCAGUGAUCAUGGAUAACUCCAGACGGGAGAGUAUCGCCAAUCGGAAUCAGGAUCCGGUCACCGUCGCUCUCAAACAGUUCGUGAACGAUGACCGCCACUUCAGUCUACUCAGGAACUUUCGACUAGCGGACUUGAUCACGAUCUUCAACGGCGUAUGCGGCUCACUCUCGAUAUUUUCCUCGGCGUAUUUCCUGAUCACGUUAGAUCUGGAGCACCUAAAGCGGGCGUGUUUAUUACCGAUCUUCUCGCUAGGAUUUGAUUUUCUGGAUGGCAAGGUAGCGCGGUUCAGGGGGGAGUCCUCGGUGCUAGGACAGGAGUUAGACUCGCUAGCGGAUCUGAUCUCGUUCGGUGUUGCACCCGCGCUCGUCGGCUUCACGAUCGGUCUACGCCACCCCACCGAUGUCCUGAUCCUGACCUUCUUCGUCUGUGCCGGUCUAACCAGGCUGGCCAGGUUCAACUCCACCGCUGCUUUCAAUCAACGGAUCAGAGCAAUCGACGAGCCGCCCCAGAAAACUGGGGCUAAGAACGCCUCAAACUCCUUCGAAGGUCUCCCGAUCCCCACCAGUCUGUCGUUGGUCGCCGCCAUGUAUGAGUCUAUCAGACGCGCCCAGAUCCAACUCCCGCUCAUCUAUCAACAUCUUCUAUCCGAUCACAACUCUGCCCUCUCUAUCAAUCCUGAAAAUUCUCUCUGGCUCAAAAACGUUCAUCUUAAUGGUAAUCAACUCCUGGGCGGCCUCGUCAAAAACUCAUUUGGCAUUCAGGUUCACUGGUUCAGUUUCGCAUUUGCUGGAUGGGGUUUCUUGAUGCUUUCCAAAACUUUCAAAGUUCCCAAAAUUUAAUCUUUAUCUUUCACACAUUGCCACCAACUCGUGACUUGAGAAAAUUUAUUCUUUUAUAUUCUACUGUAAAGAAAAGCUCCAGAAAUUAUUAUUCAGUGACCAAAAAAAAAAAAAGAAGAAGAAAACAUACAAGUGAACUGUUUUUAUGGUCUCAAUUUUCAUCAAUGUGGUGCUAUGAGUUUUUCUCAUUAUCAUUUCUCUCUCUCCCUAUUCCCCUCCAAGUUUUUGAUCUGUAUAAUUUGAAUUAGUCAAGCCAGUUUUCCUAUUAGAUAUAUUCCUCUUCCCCUUUCUCUUUCCCCUUCUCUUUCUUGCUCUGUCAAGAAAAAAAAAGAGAAGUGUUUUGCAGUCUCAAAUAGGUCAUUUCUUAUGUUAUUUUUAAAGAAAUAUAUACCUAUGAAAUAUAGGUAUAGCAUAUAGUGCACACAGAUAUAUACAUGUUUGCAUCUACAACAUCUUUCUUAAGCUGUGAUAUUUCAUUUGUUAAUCUCACUCCACAAAACAACACAUUCAAAUCCAAUUUAGCCAAAUCCUGCUUUGG